CUCCCAAAUAUUAAUAUUUUUUUUGCCAAUGUUCGUGGUGCUUCUAGUCUUUCCAAACUGCAUAUGCUAUUUGACUUCUUCCUGUCUUCUAAUUUUGAUUGUCUCUGCCUAACCGAAACGCAUUUCAACAGUAGCCUUACUGAUAGUCUUCUCUACUCUAAGAAUUUUUCUUGUAUUAGAUUUGACAGAGAUCCUGACAUGCAUUCUAAAUCCAGCGGCGGCGGCGUAGCUAUUUUCUAUAAAUCAUCAAUUACGCUAACACAAAUCGACAUCAAUAUGCCACACCAUUAUCCACUUCACAGAGCUGAGGUUCUAAUGUGCCUAUUACACAGUGACACUUUAAGCAGUCCAAUUACCCUUACCGUUGUAUAUAGACCCCCUGAUCUGAAUGUCGUUGAAAGCUCGGCACUGAUCCACCAACUUGACACUUAUCUACCCUCGACCCGUUCUAUUUGUGUUGGGGAUUUCAACUAUCCCUACGUUGACUGGUCACUUCCCAACCAUCAGUUUGCCGCAUUUCUGUAUUCCAAAAACCUUUCACAACUAGUCACCUUCCCCACCAGAAUUUCCUCUAGCUCUAGCACAAUACUUGAUUUAGUUAUCACAUCCAACGACAUCCCCAUUGCUGGCCCCAACCCGGAAACGCCCAUUCUUAAUUCCGAUCACCAUGCGGUAUCCCUCUCAAUUCUGGUAGACUAUACAGCACAUACAUACAAGCCUCCUGCAGCUCCACGUCUUAAUUUCAGAAAAUGUGACUUUACCUCCCUAAAUCACCACUUGGCCAGUAUAGACUGGAUUAAUUUGUUCCAGCUUAACCCUUCAAUCACGGAAAAAUACGAGGUCUUUCUUGAUGUUGUAGAUAAACUAAUAGAAACCCAUUGUCCCUUAACAAAAACAUCAUCUACCUAUCGCCCCCCAAAUAUUUUGAAAAGAAUACGGAAUGCCCGCAAAACCCUAAGUAAGUGUCAAAAUUCCCCUGUUGCUAAAUGUGCACUGAUUAAAAAAAUUAAAAUUCUCAUGCGCAAGCAUAGAAACAUUCUAAGAUCCAAUGAUAAAGCAAUAAGCAUUGGUAAAGAUUACUCAGCUAUUAGGAAACUUAUCAAAAGUAGAACUGCAAAAUCCAAUGCAAUUCCACCUAUUUUGUUUAAUAACCGAACGUGCAUAUCAGAUUUGGAAAAAUGUGAUAUUUUUACAAAAAUAUUUCUGGAGAAUUACUCCCCCUCCGUUCCUCCUUCACCCCACACGGACAUUCCAAAAACAACUGAUAAUAAUGAGAUUUAUCCUGAAGACAUUUUCCAGCCAUUUAUUGUUGAAAGUGUUCUGAAAAAACUUCCUCCUAAGCUCGGGUUUUCACUCCACCAUCUCAACUUUUAUAUGCUCAAAAAAUGUGCGACACCGCUCGCGUUACCCCUCUCUAUUAUUUACUCCCAGUCAUUGAAAGAAUCAACCAUUCCCUCCAUUUGGAAGCAUGCCACUGUCAUUCCUAUACCCAAAAAAGGCAACCCCUCAAAUCCAUCUAACUAUCGUCCAAUUAGCUUAACUGAUACUAUUGCUAGAGUAAUGGAGAAAAUUAUUUCACACCGAAUCAAGUCUGAAUACGGUCACCUCAUAUCCAAACAUCAACACACACGGGUUCCUAAAUUUUAGGAGCUGCAAGCCCUCACUCGAUCUUCUUCUCUUUAUCAUUCUAUACUCCAUGAACACAAACGUCUGGAUAUUAUAUUUUUCGAUUUCUGCAAAGCUUUUGAUAAAGUCUCUCAUGACAUACUUAUUUCUAAAAUCAAAUCUCUUCGCAUCAACCCCGUCUUUUGCAAUUGGAUAUCCUGUUUUCUAAGCAAUCGCACUUUCUCAGUCAAAAUCAAUUCCACAGUUUCCGCUAAUGCCCUCCCCAUUCCUUCUGGGGUGCCCCAAGGAACAGUUACAGGUCCCCUUCUCUUUAUAUUGUUUUUGAACGACCUACUCCUAUCCAUACCCCCUUCUAUUCAAUUUUCUUGUUUUGCUGAUGAUGUGAAAAUAUUCAGUCACGAUCCAAUUGAACUUCAAAGCACAAUUGAUCUCAUUGUAGAUUGGUCCUUGAAAAAUCAGUUGCCGCUUGCUCCCACCAAAACGGCCCUACUCCACAUAGGAACUCAAAACCCUAGGCAUAAUUUCAAUAUUGACUCCCUACCCAUCGUCCCCAGUUCCUCUGUUAGAGACCUCGGGCUUAUCACCGACGAUAAAUUGUCAUUCAAAUCGCAUAUCAAUAGAACCUCUUCCCUGACACUUCUUAGGGCAAAACAGAUCCUAAAAUCCUUCCCCUCUGGCUCCAUUAAAUUCUAUGUGAACCUGUUUAAAACGUAUGUCUCACCAAUUCUUGACUAUGGGUCCCACAUUUACUCCCCUCCCCCUCAUUCAAAACUGUCAGGUGCAUUAGAAUCCGCUCUCAAAUACUACUCAAGAAUAAUACUACAACGUAACAAUAUACAAUACAAAGUAUCGGAAACAUCACAUAGAAACACCUCAUUAGUUUAUUCACUUUCAUAUAAAAACCGCCUAAGCAUUCUCAACAUGGCCACAGCCCGCUCAACACGCUUAAAAUCACAGCUUAUUCUCUUGUAUAAAAUUAUAACAAGCGCUGUACAUUUCCCAGAUGCAAAAAGAUUUAUUAUGCAUGUCAGAUCUCAACGUCGGCCGAUGCUCCUUUCUCUAGUCAAUCCAAAGUCCAAAGGUUUCUUUUCUAUUGUCGUUCCCCUCUGGAACAGUAUAGUUCACAAUGUAGCAACAUUCCUUUCCCCCUCCCAGUUUAUGAACCUCAUAAACCAACAAAUCUCAUUCUUUUAA